UUGUCCCAUGUAGUGAUGCAUCAUUUACCUAUUCAGUACCAGCAGUACCAGUAUUACCAGCUAAUACAAAUCAAAAUAUACAUUAUGAAAAUGAUCAUUUUCGUCGCUGUUGCGCUCGCGGCCGUUGCCGUGGCCGCUCUCCCAGAGCCGCCUAAGAUCCUUAAAUCAGAAUUCGAUUCCCAACCGGAGGGAGGCUAUCAUUUCGCUUACGAAACCGAGGAUGGUAUUUCCCGCUCUGAAAAAGGUGAACUGAAACAAACCGUUGACGAAGAGAAUCAACCUCUUAACGUUGUUGUAGUUCGCGGUUCUUACUCGUACGUUGACCCCGAGGGCAAGCUACAGCAAUUCAAUUACGUUGCUGAUGAGAAUGGGUUCCAGUUGGAGGGACAGUCAAUCUCCCAAGUCUCCGGCAAGAAAUAACUGCUCUCAAGAUAAAUGAACUCAUACCAUUGAGCAGUAAAAUAGGAAAAUGAACUAAUCAGUAUAACUAAAGAUACAGCAUCAUCUUAACUUGCCUGUUCCUAUUUUAUAUGAUUUUUUAUUAUUUAUUAUAACUACAAUGAAAAUAAAAUUAUUUGUAAUAAACGUAUAUAUAUAGUUGUAGAAUAUUAUUUAGACCAAAUAACAAUAACUAGUUUUUAACGGAUAGGAUUUUACUAGUGUACCUAUAAUAAAAAUGAAAGCGAAUUAUUAUAUUAAUAAUAAAAUAUUGUAUUUUGAACAAUAAAAUGGAAUGAUUUAAAAAGG